CUCCGCUCUAGCCGUGGGGGGAGGGGGGCGGGCCGGUCGCGCGGCGCGGUGCAGCGCAGCGCGAUGGCGGCGGGGCUGAGGUUUGACGGGCGGGUGGUGCUGGUGACCGGCGCCGGAGGAGGUUUGGGCAGAGCAUAUGCUCUGGCUUUUGCUGAAAGAGGAGCUUCAGUAGUUGUGAAUGACCUUGGAGUUGAUUUCAAGGGAAUUGGCAAGAGCUCUUCAGCUGCUGACAAAGUUGUGAAUGAAAUCAGAGCAAAAGGAGGGAAAGCAGUACCCAGUUAUGAUUCGGUGGAAGAUGGUGAAAAGCUUGUGAAGACAGCACUUGAGGCUUUUGGGAGGAUAGAUAUUGUUGUAAACAAUGCUGGGAUCCUAAGAGACCGUUCAUUUGCUCGGAUAAGUGAUGAAGAUUGGGAUAUAAUUCAUAGAAUUCAUUUGAGGGGAUCAUUCUUGGUCACCCGGGCUGCAUGGAAUCAUAUGAAGAAUCAGAAAUUUGGCAGAAUAAUUAUGACUUCCUCAGCUGCUGGAAUAUAUGGGAAUUUUGGUCAGGCAAACUACAGUGCUGCAAAACUUGGCCUUCUGGGUCUUUCAAACACAAUUGCAAUUGAAGGCCGGAAGUACAACAUCCACUGCAACACAAUUGCUCCUACUGCUGGAUCCAGACUGACCCAGACUGUCAUGCCACAAGAUCUGGUCGAUGCUUUCAAACCAGAGUAUGUUGCUCCCUUAGUUGUUUGGCUUUGCCAUGAGAGCUGUGUGGAGAAUGGCAGUCUGUUUGAGGUGGGAGCUGGAUGGAUUGGAAAAUUGCGCUGGGAGCGAUCCUUGGGUGCUAUUGUCAGAGGAAAGAAUCAGCCAAUGACACCUGAAGCAGUGCGAGAUAAAUGGGAGAAAGUCUGUGACUUUGAUAACGCCAGCAAACCCAGAAGUAUCCAAGAGUCCAUAACUGUAUUGAAUGAUGCUCUGAGUCAGAUAGAGUCUCAAGGGAAUGUUUCUAUGAAUUCAACAAGCUCUGGAUCACUGGUCUCUUCAUCUGUUGAUAUGGAAAGUGUUAUUGGCCGGGAAUUGGCUACCACUGUCUAUAAAUAUACUCACUUAGAGCCUAUUCUAUAUGCCCUUGGUGUGGGAAUGUCAAGUAAGGAUCCAGAUCACCUAAAAUUUCUCUUUGAAGGAAGUGAAGAGUUCUGCUGUCUACCUAGCUUUGGAGUAAUUCCUGCUCAGGUUUCGAUGUUUGAUGGUGUUCCUUCUCUUCCAGGACUAAAUAUGGAUGUCACACAGAUGCUGCAUGGUGAGCAAUAUCUGGAACUGUAUAAAAUGUUGCCAACCUCAGGGCAGUUAACUUCAGUUUCAACCAUUGCUGAUAUUCUUGACAAAGGAUCAGGAGCAGUCUUGCUUAUAGAUGUGAAUACCUAUUGUGGAGAGGACCUAGUGUGUUAUAAUCAGUUCUCUUUAUUUUUUGUUGGAGCUGGAGGAUUUGGUGGAAAACGAACAUCAGAAAAGGCCAAGGUAACAGUGAAUCCACCCAAAAGACCACCUGAUGCUGUAAUUUCUGAUGUCACAACAGCUGAUCAGGCUGCCUUAUAUCGGCUGAGUGGGGAUUGGAAUCCUUUACAUAUUGAUCCAAGUUUUGCUGCUCUUGGAGGAUUUAUGAAGCCAAUAAUUCAUGGACUAUGCACCUUUGGGUUUGCGGCUAGAAAUGUUUUGAAGCAGUUUGCAAAUAAUGAUGUGAAGAGAUUCAAGGCAAUCAAGGUGCGCUUUGCGAAACCAGUCUUUCCGGGGCAAACUUUACAAACAGAAAUGUGGAAGGAAGGAAAUAGAAUCCAUUUUCAGACCAAGGUCAAAGAGACUGGAGAAGUUGCUAUUGCAGGGGGCUAUGUGGAUAUAGUACCAGCCUUGGAUAAGCCAUCUGCUCAGGAGUCUGUGAAGACUGCAGGGCUGCAGAGUGACCUUGUGUUUGAAGAAAUUGGUCGCCGCAUAAGAGAGAUUGGAAAUGAAUUGGUAAAGAAAGUAAACGCCAUAUUCCAAUGGGACAUCACUAAAGAUGGAAAAAAAGCAAUGCAGUGGACAAUUGACUUAAAGAAUGGCUCUGGAGCAGUGUAUCAAGGACCUGCAAGAAGUUCUGCUGAUACCACCUUCACUAUCUCUGAUGAGGACUUCAUGGACGUGGUACAACAAAAGACUAACCCUCAAAAGGCAUUCUUUUCUGGUAAACUUAAAGUGAAGGGGAACAUCAUGAUGAGCCAGAAAUUGGAAUUGAUCCUGAAAGAUUAUGCCAAACUCUGAACUACUUGAUCAUCUCCGAAAGCAGUGAAGAACUUCAGAAGAUAGAAGCUUCGAUUAGUUCAGAACCAGUGAUUGAAACAUUUGCAAGCUACUUAACACCAAUGUACUGAUUCAUUAUACUUCUAAUAUACAGGCUGUUUUAACUGCUAUAGACAGAAAAUUAUGAAAUGAGCGUAACUGUUAAUAUUGUCCUCUCUUUGUUUCUUAGCAAUGGUAGAGAAUCAUACCUUUUUCAUUGCAUGCUUUGAUCUAAAUAAAAUGUAUGUAGUUCUUACAAAGAUGCAUAUAUUUCUAUAUUAAUUCUGAAGAAAAUUAAACCAAUACUCCUCUUUGAUAUCUCCUUCUACGUGUCUAUCAGUCUUCAUUUAUAUUGCCUUAGACUGUCUAAUUUCUGUGAAUCUAGCUGGUUUAUUAUUUAAAUGAACAUUUUUUGUCUUAAGUUCUCAUGAUCCCGUUAGAAAAACUGGAAGAUGGAAGUUAGUUACACUUAUUUACAUCUUGUCAUUAUGUGUUUUUUUUCUGUAGAGGAAAAAACUCUUGAACUUCAGCUCUGCCCACCUUAUUUAGUUAGUAAUUUUUAUAUGUUACUCUUAUAAAUUACAUGGAAAAUGUGUAAGCAUUAAUUCCCUAGGGGAAGCUUUUUCAUCUGAGAGAUAUUACACUGCACCAAAGGCUGUCACUGUAGCCAAAUUAUUCUUCAUGUAAAUUCACUGUCAUGAGGGCCAGCAUUACGACAGCAGGGAAGGAUAUGAGUGAAUUUCUCAUGUUGUAACUAUGGCCAGAACUGAGAUAGCAGCUGUGGUCAUAUGUUUUCCUGAAGAAAGUAUGCUUUUAAUCACUGAGUCACUGAUAGUCACAUGAACACCUGGAAAUUUGAUUUCACCAGUGUGACCAACAUUUUAUGUGCUCAGUAUCUUUUUUUCUCAUUCAGACUUGUUCUGUGUUGAUACCUUUUGAGGAAUGUAGGCCAUCUAAGGCUUGUCUCCUUGGUCAGAAUGACAAUCAUUUUGCUUUAUUUUAGAGGAUGGAGUUUCAUUGUUUUGUGUGUGUGUCCCAAAAUGGGGAGGUACAUUACUUCUCUGACUGUGUGAGUAGACUCUAGCCAUUAAGGAGCAUUUUGGGACUGCAGAUGAGUUUGACAGUUUGAGGAUAAAUUCUACAUGUUGUAAGCUGAGUCAAAUUCUCCACAAAUAGAUUUAUUUACAGCUGUACUAACAGCCAUACUUUGAUUCAGGCAGAGAAAUAAGAACCUGAAGUAUAUCAGCAAGUAUCUUACAUAAAUUACAUCAUGAAUAGAUGGGAAACAGGAUAAGAGUGAUGUUCAUUACCUCAAAAAGGUCAUCUAGUAUCUAAGAUUAAAGAAAUAUCCUUUAACCACUUAACAUUUAUCUUUUUCACAGCAGUCAUUUCUGUAUAUAAGUAGGACCUAAUCAUUGCUUGUACUGCCCUGCUUCUAUUUACCAAGCAACUGUGUGACAAAUAGAUAAAGGUGUCUUCUAUUACUCUCUCCUAAGAAAUUGUAUGAGCAAGACAGAUUGAUUGCAGCUUUGUAUGUUUGUGCAUGCACAUGCUACACCAAAAAAAAUUAUCUUUUUGUGUCUAUAAAUCUAUAUAAUACCACAAAAAUAUGUGUAUUAAGAAAAAGGAUCUGUGAGGAACUAACUUUGAGUCUAGGAAAGCAAUUAUCAAUAAAUCCAUUUAAGAAUAUGGUAUUUACUGUACAUCACAUAGUCUUGAAAAUUCACAAAAGGUGAUAUUUUUUCUCAGCCCCUAGAUUGUCUGAAACCUUAAAGUGCUGCUCUACAGAGACGGAACAGACUGUUAAUAAGCUUUUUUUUUUUUCCUCCCUUUGGAAGUGGGAAGCAAAAAUAUUCAGGCAAGGGAAGUUGGUACUGUUGAAACCUGUUGUGAUUUAACAGGUUGGAGUUCAGUCUACCAAAGAACAUCAGUUUACUAAAUGUCUUGGGUGAAGAUGAAAGAAUAACCCAAGAACUAUAACAAUUAUAGGUACUCUUGUGAUUAUUUCUAUCCUGCUUAUUUUCAGUUGGACACAAAACGCACAUGCUUCAACUGCAUCCCCAAUACAGGCCUUAAUUAAAAACACAGAAGAUACACCCUGAAGUUACACUGGUGUUUGACAUAGGCAUCCUAGACUUUAACCCGACUUCAGCUUUUUCCUUUACCAUGACUUGGUCACAGGUGUACACCUGGGGUGGAACAGGAAGUCCUCUCUGCUUUACUGCAAAAGUCUCUUCCUUUUGCUCUCCUUACCAAGGUUAAUUGAGCACACCCCUUGGUAUUGCGGUAGUCUCUUUUUUAGGAGCAUAAUUUGGGUGUUUAAGUCCUUCAUCUGCUUUGUGGCCUGAAUAGCUGUUACGAAUCAUUUUGGAAUGUUGGUUCAACUGUACCUCAAUGCAUUUCCCUUCAGAAUGUUCUCAUGCUAGAACCAGUUACUGUUGAAGGUAAGGUCUCUUUGCUAUGGUGAAUAUAUACCUGAAGUGAUUUGGAAGUUUUGGGUUUUGUUUUCUUCCUAGCAUGUGAAAACUUCCUGUUCAUGGUUGCUAGCUUUUAAGAGUAGUAUUCUCAGAAACAAGUACUAAACCCGGGUAUUGUGAAGAGAAUCCAUGCAAGGGAGUGGUAACCAGUUUGGUAGGUGGUUGCUUUCAGUUUGAAUGAUUCUCAGCUGCUUUCAUCUAGAACAGUGUCAUUCUGUUUUGGGGACUCAUGUUUCAAACCUGUCCAUGUCUUUUUCUGGAGUGUUUUGGGGACCUGACCUUGUCAUGCAGCAGCCACAAUACCAGUGUAGUGUUGUAUCCAUUUCCACACAGCCUAGAGACAUGAAACAGCAACACAAUACAUUCUUUUAUUUUUUUUUUUUUUCAGGGUAGCUGCUGCUUUGAAUGUUUUCAUUUUGCUAGAGAUAAGCAGCAUUACCUUGGAUUGUAAAACCCUACUUGUUUGCCAGAUAUCUGAGAUAGCUCUUCAGUGAUACUGCUGAAUUCUCUAGAAAAUAAGGAGGCUUUUACAAGUAUAUUGGCAGUAAAAUUCUUAACAGUGCAUAUAUUCUAUUUAAUGUAGAGGACGGCAAGAUUGACUGCUGUUUAUUGCAGUGUGUGCUUUAUAGUGUCUUGAUUAAUUCUGUAUAUAUGUAAAUACGAUGCUGUCUGGACCUCAUUGUAAAGUCUGGACAUCAGACUUUGUAGCAGUCGUAAGUAAGAAUUCAGUUGUUUGUCUUUCUGGAAUAAUUGAAUUAAUGCUAAACCUGAUUAUGUAAAUCGGUGUGAUUUUUAAUCAUGGCACAGUAUUACUUUAUUUCUCUUUUUCUUUCUCCUUACGUUCAUUACAGUCUUCCUGCUGGCUUGCAAUUAUGUCCAUCUUCCAAAAAGUAAAUUGCUGUUCCACUGA